AUGAUGUACUCGUCAAUUUUCCCUUCCCGAUCCCUUGCUCUCUUCCUCUGCAUCAUCUUUCCCUUCUACCUCGCCCUUCGCGGGUCUGGCUCAUUGUCUGAUGUCGCCAUUUUCUUUUCUAAGCUCUCCUUACGCGCUGAAGCCCUUCACGUUGCGCUCAACGCCCCUCUAGACACCCCUCCACCAUCCAUUUCCAAAGCACCCGUCGGGACUUCCACGAGGCCUGCCAAGGUUGUACGCGCAACUGAAGGAGGAAAAAACCUUCCCGAAGAUUUGGCACACGCCAUCAACUCCUUCGAGCAGUAUGCGUCUCUCGCCCAGGGAGUGUUGCAGCGGAAGUAUGCGCGGUACGACCGCCAGACGCCCUCCCAGAAGCUAAUGAGCGACAAGCUCGGGUAUUCUGCGCACUUUGAGAAGGCUACGGAAGGGAUUAACAUAAACGCUCGUCUCUCGAAGCAGAUUGCGCAGAUUUCAAGAAAGCAUUACCAAACCGGUCCAGGACCGUUGACAGACGAAGAUGAUGCCGAGUUUGGUCUUGUGGACCUGACCUUUGGACAUCUUUCGCGAGACUGGAGCACGUUUGGCGCCAAGGAGAGGGAAGCUACUUUCCCGCCCGUCAUUGCUGGCCUGGAGAAACACUUUGGCAAGAAUGCCAAGGGCAAGAAGGUUCUUGUACCUGGAUGCGGUAUGGGCAGGCUAGCAAGCGACAUUGCUGAUCUGGGGUAUGAUGUUACGGCCAAUGAUCUGGACUUCAGCUCAAUACUGGCUCACCACCUUCUUACAAACCAUACAACCUCACUGCAUCAACAUACUAUUCAUCCCUUUGUGACCAAAUGGACUCAUCAGUCCAACCCUAUCUCGCGCUACACAGCCCUGACAGUGCCGGAUCACAUGCCGAACAAGGCUGUCAAGUUCGUUGAGGGCGACUUCUUGGAGAUGUUCCCAGAGGACGGCCAAUUCGACGCCGUUGCCUCAUUGUUCUUCAUUGACAUUGGCAGCAACAUCAUUGAUUUUCUGAGCAAUAUCCACCGGCUGCUGAAGCCUGGUGGCACUUGGGUCAAUCUUGGACCACUAAAAUACGGUACCCACACCGCCCUUCAGCUCUCCGCCGAGGAAGUGCUUCAUCUGGCAGAUCUGAUUGGAUUCGACGUGGACCUUUCAUCGCGGAAGAAUAUUGACAGCCUAUACGCUCAACAGCCAGAAUCAUUGCUCAAGUUCACUUAUGUAACACAAUAUUGGACGGCCACGAAGAGAGCUUAG